AUGGCUUCGCUAUUCCGUUCUGUCGCCCGUCCCUCCACCCUUAGAGCUAUUGGAGCUACCCAUCCUGCUCGAUGCCUGACUACGGCCGAUAAAACCUUUAUUCGGACGAAGGCAACCCUUCCAGACCUUUCCUACGACUAUGGUGCCCUGGAACCCGCCAUCUCCGGCAAGAUCAUGGAGCUGCACCACAGCAAACACCACCAGACCUACGUGAAUUCCUACAACGAUGCCGCAGACAAGUACGCUGCCGCCGAAGCAAAGGACGACAUUGCCGCGAAAAUUGCCCUCCAGCCGCUGAUCAACUUCCACGGCGGUGGCCACGUCAAUCACUCCUUGUUCUGGGAGAACCUCGCACCUAAGAACUCUGGCGGCGGCGAACCCCCUUCGGGAGAGCUGGCAAAGGUGAUUGAUACCACAUAUGGGAGCUUGGAAGAGUUGAAGAAGAAGUUCAAUGCAGCUUUGGCCGGCAUUCAAGGUUCUGGCUGGGCUUGGCUGGUCAAGGACACCCAGACCGGCAACAUCGCGAUUCAGACAUAUGCGAAUCAGGAUCCGGUCGUCGGCCGAUACAAGCCAUUGCUGGGCGUUGAUGCGUGGGAGCAUGCUUACUAUCUCCAGUACCAGAACCGAAAGGCCGAGUACUUCAGCGCCAUCUGGGAUGUCAUCAACUGGAAGGCCGCUGAGAAGAGAUUUGCCAGCUAA